CCUCGUGACGUCACUCCUCUGCCAGACAGCGGCGGUGCUCGGCUGCGGAGGAUGCCGACCCCGACGCGGGGACGACAGCCAGGCGAGAUGCCCGCUUCCCCCGAGCUCCCAAGUCCCGAACCGGCCCUCGCCGAGAACCAUUAGCAUCCAUGAAGCCUCCCUUGCUGAAUCCUGAAGGGGCCAAAGGGCGGAAAAAGGAGACGAAGAAAGAAGAAUGUACUGGAGAGUAGGGUUCGCCUGGUCUCCCGCCUGUGUGGUUGAUUUUGGCCGGAAUCAGAGCUUCUCAUUCGGCCUGUGCGGCUCGGAUGAGCGGUAUUCGUUAUAUGGGUACAUCAUCGCCUAUCCCUUGCAGGACUACGCCGGGAUCAUGUCGGCUCUGGGCUCGGAUUCCUGGUGGAGGAAAACGCUCUAUCUGACCGGGGGCGCUCUCCUCGCUGCCGCUGCCUAUCUGCUGCAUGAGCUGCUGGCUAUUAGGAAGGAGCAGGAGCUGAGCUCUCAAGAUGCCAUCAUCCUUCACCAGUUCUCCCGGCCCAAGUGUGGGGUCCCCAGCCUGUCCCCCUUCUGCCUCAAGAUGGAGACCUACCUGCGCAUGCUGGGUCUGCCCUACCAGAACUACUUCGAUGGGAAGUUGUCUCCGCAGGGCAAGAUGCCCUGGAUCGAGUACAAUCAGGAGCAGGUGUGUGGCACGGACUUCAUCAUGGACUUCCUGGAGGACAAGCUUGGCAUGACCCUCAACAAGAGCCUUAGCCCACAGGAGAUGGCCAUCUCCCAUGCCGUCACCAAGAUGGUGGAGGAGCACUUCUACUGGACGAUAGCAUACUGCCAGUGGGUGGAUAACCUGGAGAAGACGGAGGAGAUGCUGGUGGUGAGCGGGCCCCUGAGCCACGUGCUCAAGUGGAUCCUGAGUCACCUGACCAGCGGCAUCGUCAAGCGCGAGAUGUUCGGCCACGGCAUCGGACGCUUCUCCAAGGAGGAGGUGUAUGCACUGAUGGAGAAGGACAUGCGAACCCUCGCCAUUCUGCUAGGUGAUAAGAAGUACAUCAUGGGGCCGAAGAUGACCGCGGUGGACGCUACGGUGUUUGGCCAUCUAGCCCAAGCCAUGUGGACCCUGCCGGGAACUCGUCCAGAACAGCUGAUCAAAGGUGAGCUGAUCAACUUAGCCAUGUACUGCGAGCGCAUCCGUCGGAAAUUCUGGCCCGAGUGGUUCGUGGACGUGGACGACUUCUACUACGACGGCUCGUUCGAUGACAGUACCGCCUCGUCCUCCCACCUUCUGGACCUGGGCCUGUACUCACGGACCGACACGUUCCAGGACGAGUCCAACACACACACACACACGCCCCCGCACCCACACACACACCCGCUAGACUCCAACCUGCACACGCCGGAUAGCGACCGCACAGGCCAGUCGCUCUUCGACUCCGACAUGGACACCGAGGUCUCAGACAUGGAUCAGCUGAAGGGUUAAAGUUUCCCACAAUGCCUUGCACGGAGCCCUCCUGUACUCAUUUGCCAAACUCCCCCCUCCCUCCUUCUCCUGCCUUCCUCUCGAAGAACACCCCACGAGGGGUUGAUGACACAGAUGAUGAUGAGGAGGAGGAUGAUGAUGGUGGUGGAGGUGGAGAAAACGAAAGCAUAAAACCAUCAGGGGGAAAAGGGCAGGAACUGAGAGAGAUAGAGAGAGAGAGAGAGAGAGAGAGAGAGAGAGAGAGAGAGAGAGAGCGAGCGGGAGUCAAUGACGCCGUUGCUGAGUAACUCCACCCACGGUCAGGUGACCUCCUCGAUGCGGCCAGUCAUCGCUGCGACAGCAUGUCCACUACAUUCUCCAGCCAGUCUGUUUUUAGAGUUUUAUAGUGUGCGCGCCUCUCAGAUGCCUUCGGUUGGUACAGAUCUUAAUAUGCCAUGAGGACAUGAGCUUACUCUGUCUCUUAGCAACCAGCAUGUCAAUUUGAUAUUGACAUGCUUCUUAAGGAAUACUACGGUAUAUGAACUCACAUACUCAACUCAUGCUUACUGUGUGCGUACUGUUUGUGAGCCUCUUAAGUGUGUUGUGUGUGAUUGGACAGGUCUACGAGCUGCCUGUCUGGAACACUAACAACCUCCUCAAUCCAGACAGCAGUAGAUUCUGCACUGCAUCUAGCCUUGAUCAGCUCCGAGACCAAUUAACACUGACAUGAUUAAAGCAUCUACUGGAAGAUGACUGAACAAAUCUGAGAAUAACAGAAUGGGAUACCUAAAUUGUGGGAAGGAAAUAGUUUGAUCAACUAAUAUUAACACAUUUGAUAAUCAAUUCAACAGUAUAAACAAUAUAAAUGGUUAUUAAUAUUGGUUAUUAUAAGUACUAGUGUACAUGACAAGCUUGUUUCAGUGACAUCUUGAAGUGCUUGGCAGGGGUUUGUGCAGCUAUUCCCAUCUCCCACUCUACAGAGAGCAUGUGGUCCAGACCAACUGGCUCCGAGGCCCUCAGUGGACCUGCCUUGCCUUGUGAAACCCCGUGCAUGCUUACUGUCCAAGGGGCCUUCGAGCGGAAACGUCUGGAUUGGACCGAGGACAACAAGGAAUUACAAAACACACAGGAGCUUCUGAGACACAUGUGUGUGUGCGUGUGUGUGUGUGUGUGUGUGUGUGUGUGGUUUGAGCUGGGAUUUCUUUCAUUGUUGAUCCGUCCACUGUAGUGUGUGUGUGGCAUGUAAGUGUGUGUGUUUGUUUUCUUUUUCAGAGCAGUUGAGCUGAGCUUAACCUUUGAGGUGCCUACUGAUAGAGAGGGCAAAUGUGAGAGAAAGGGGUAAAAACGAGGGGGUAGAAAGGGUGACCCUGAAUCUGGUGGAUAAUGGCAUGGGUGGUGUUGUCUGUGUUGUCUCUGGUUUGAUGGAUCUGUACAGGUGUUUGUCAGGCAUCAGACACCCAUGCUGUCCAUUGAGAGAGAGAUUGUUAUGUCUUUAGGGGCAAUUAGCAGUGACUUGUCUUCUUAAAACCGCUAUUGCUUUCGCAGAAGAUGUUGGCCAGUCCCUUAAAGAAAUGCUUCAGUUGAUGGCAGCAUUUUUUUGAAAAAGACUGUGGCCAACGCAUGAGGAAUACAGAGUCACACGAAAUUAUUAACAUUUAAACUCAAAGGCGUUGACACGUGGCGCACAAAAAAACAAAAGGAAAAUUUGACAAUGCUAUUGCAAUUUUAUUUACAACACUUUCUGAAAUGUACCAGUCAUCUACAAAUCCAAGAAGCGCUGGUGUUUGUGACUUUGAAGUUUAUUUCAGGUGAAGUCUCUUAAAGCCUUAUGUUAGACAGCCACCUGCCAUCCCAAAGAGAGGGAGGUGCACCCCUUCAGGCAGUGUUUUAAAGCUGUGAUGAUGGUAGUUUUGGGCAGCUGAUGAGUGGAAAUUUACCAGCUGUUGUGACAAAGCAGUGUCUCCAUAAGUGAAUAUAAUUGCUGCAGUCCACUAUUGUCCCUCUGUUGGCUUUGGCCCCUUUGCUCAUUCUCGUAGCACUAUUAGGUCAAAUUACUCGUUCACAUUCGUGCAGACUAGACAUUCCUUAGUUAGAGGAAGUGUGUGACCUGUCCUCUAUCCUGUGCUGACUGAGCAAAGGGGAGUAGCAUCCAGGCUGGCAUGAGGUCCUAAAGCCACCCAGGUUCAUGUUGUGCUGACUGAGGCGAUUGAUUCAUCCAUUUUAGACUAAAGCUUGUGGCUCAGAUAGAUCUGCAGGCAUUUCAGAAUGCUUCUCUGUUGUUAUGAUGGGAAUGGGCAUUACUGCAUUGUGUGUCUGUGUGUUUGUGUACGUAGCUGUGUUCCUGUGUACCUGUGUGAGUAUAUGAGCACCUGUGUUUGUGUGUGUGUGUGUGUGUGUGUGUGUGUGUGUGUGUGUGUGUCCAUAUGCUGCAUGAGUGAGUCACCAUCACGCAUGAGCAGACUUGGAGCCACAGGCUCGUAGUCAGGCAGAGAUGGAGCUCAGCUGGGGUUGCACAGUCUGCAGCAAAGUGGAAGAACAACAACAACACACACACACACACACACACACACACACA